CAGAAUAUAUAAUUCAUACUACAGAAAAAAAGAAUGAGACAGAACUACAUGCAAUUGCGGAAUUAUACAAAAAGCAAAAAUGUAGCAAAGAAACAAAUAACUGCCAGGUUGAAGACAUAGGUGGAGUCAGUAUGGUCUUUAAUUCGGUACUUGUGUUAAAUGACUCUGCAAUAUGCAAUAUCACAAGGAACCAUUGCGAUGAAAAAACAUCUACGUGCUCCAGUGACGAAGGGAAGCUAGAAUGCCGUUGUAAUAAAGGCUACGUGAAGAAGAACACAAAUUCUUUACAGUGCUUCGAUAAAGAUGAGUGUGCUAAUUAUCAAGCGUGUCCACUUGGAACCGCCUGUAGCAAUACCGUAGGCUCAUGGGAUUGCUGGUGCCCAAAAGGACUGAAAGCGAUAGAAACUUCACCUGGUAAAAAAGAAUGUCAAGAUCCGUGUAUCCACGCGAGGUGCUUAAUAAAACCAACAUGUAGGCAUUUUGACAACGAAGAUGGCUACAUCUGCAGAUGUCAAAAGGGGCGAAAGGGAAAGUACUGUCAGGAAAUUGACUAUGACCACCGUGAAUCAAAUUUCAAAACAACAAUGUAUAUAAUAUGCGGUACAUUAGGAGGAAUAGCAGUAAUUUGUAUAUUCAUUAUUAUUGGGGUGUGCAGAAAACGUUUGCCUCAAAUACAGAAUUCAUCUUCAAGAACCAGCUCUGGAGGACAAACCAUUCCUAAUAAUGCAAGUAAUGUCUUAGACAUCCCAACGUCUAAUCAGCCACAACGCCAAAAAGCUGGUAGAUCUAAAGGCGCCCCUCAAAGGGGAAACACAAAUAAAAGAAAAGCGGAAAAGGGCAGGGGCUUACAAUCUAAUAGUUACAGAUAUGGACAAAGAGCAGAUUCGACUGAUUACAACAUUUCGCAUUUAACACGUGACGAACAUCAAUAUGAAACAAUCCGUGAUGAUCAUGUGUACGACACUAUUCAGACGUAUGUCAACAUGUGAACAGAGUGUAACUGUUAACACUAUAAUAUCUUAUAAUACCCCAGUCAUACAUACGG